AUGAAUCCUGGUGGGGCACGAAGUUUCUAUCUAACCGGGCUGAUUGACCGCAACCACCUGUCCGGGGCCCGGUUUCUUUCUCUCAACCUUCAUGGCAAAAUGGCGUGUCCUAAAAAAAUACAAUAUAUUCAAUUAAUAGCAGUUUGCGACCUAAAUUUAUACUUGACAUCAGUUAUGCAGAGCAAUAUUCCAAUUGAUCAAUUUAACGCAAUAAUUGAUGCAGCCAAUAUGGAUCCGGUUCCAAUGUCCGCUUAUGCCAGUGAUAUUAGCAAUGCACUCCAUAAAGCUCCAUUAUCAGCAUUUGCAUUACGCGAGACACUGUAUGAUGCUGGAUAUAGUAAAGUCUUUGUUCCCGUCGCCUACUAUGACGCUAAUUUUAUGGAAAUAACUAUACGUUACUUGCUGUUCUCCUAUCUGAUAAUCAACCUUGUAAGCCAGUUGUACAUUGCUAAUAACGGUGAGACUGAACUAGGACGGCUUAAAAGAGAAGUUUAUUCUACUGAUCAAAGCAAAUUUGAUAGAGUUCUCCUCAAGGUUGGAAAGAAAUCAAUUAGCCCAGGUCUUAUCGAAUUUUCAGGAGAGAUCAAUGACAGAACCUCAUCUCGAAAAAAAAAUUCAAAAUACAUUGAAAAUCUGUAUAGUAGUAUGAUCAAAGUUAUGAAUGGUGCUAAAGCCAAUCGGAUGUUUUGCAUGGGAUGUUACUAUAUCUACUUUGGAAAGCUCCUUAUAGUUGAUGAUACGAUGGAUAAGAGAACCAAAGUAACCAUGGUAACCCCCAAUACGCCAAGAAAACCAAAAGCAUUUAUCAAAGCUUUAAGAAAAAAUAAAGAAAUAAAGCCAUUCUGUACGAUUAUCUCUACUUGUGAUCAUUUUGAUCAAAAGUUGGUCAAAUUAUUUUGCAAAACAGUGGAGUUGAAUACCCUGUUUGGUCAUAAAUUUAAUUACACUGAUGAUCUUACUACCAUUGACCUUGAUAGCAACAAUGAAAGGCAAGUCUGUAGCCAGCUAGAGCUUGUAAAGCAGAAAAAGAAAAUAGAACUCAAUGAAAACAAUAAUGGCAGUGGUAACGAGAAAUAUAGCGAUAGUAGCGGUAGAUCAUUGAGGAGUCUAUACAAGGCAAAAUACAGCCAAUUCAAGAUCGUUCAUAGAGCAAAACUUUAUGCUUCAGAAAUAUGA